UGAAUUUGACUGUUAUUUUCAAUGCAACUUUAUUAACUUUCUCCAAAAUCGUUCCGGAGCGAUUCUGCAAUUUUCUGCUACAUUACGGGUAUAUGGGAGGCAUUCUAACUGUGGUGAGGGCCUUUCCCGAGACACAGAUUAUUCAAACUAAGGAAAGUGUAGUGUAGUGAAAUUAAUCGCAUUAUUGUAGGCUUAUAGCUUUGUUAUGUAAAUGUCAAUAAUAAGGUGUGUCGAUGUACCUAUUUCGUAAAUGUCCGAUAUGCAAUGUCAACCCGUGCACGCACGGGUCAAAGUCUAGUUUAUAAUUUCCUGUACUAUGAUAUUAGGAACAGGAAGUAAUCUGUGGUUUUAUCGCACAACAGGAAGUUUGAUUCCCCGAAGCGCAAAACGAAACAAUGAUUGAUCUGUUAGGAAAUAUUUCUGGAUAACUUGAUAAAUUCUUAUGCAGUGUUUGUAAUAUUUUCAAAAUGGCUACAGCUUCUGCGGAUACUGAAGAACCCGAUACGGAUGCAUCCGUUGAUAGAAAGGAGGACAUUCAAAGGGAACGUUUUCGUAUUCGGUUCAGUUACUUAAAAUCUGAUGAAGAGGUUGUGAAGAACUGUUUUGUAGACAAACUACCGACACACAUCACUUCCAUUGAUAAAACCGACAAGAAAUGUUUUAUAACAGCAUACGGAGAAUACAAAUUGACCUUCGAGCAAGACUUUCAGACAACACAACCUGCAUCUAUUGAACAAGACGCUUACAAAACGUGGUUCUCGUAUAAACCCACCACAGAAAUGAUGGCAUGGAUGGAAGUAUUAAGAGAAAAACGUUUGUAUCCUGAUUCUGCCAAGUCUGGUAAAGAUGUAUGCUUUUAUAGUGUGAGAGUGAUAGGUGGAAGCAUGACCUCACCUGUUACAUUUGUUCGCCAUUGGGAACUUGAAGAAAAUAUGUCAGUUUCAUUUCAAUUUGAGACGUCUAAAAUUACGAUUAAGAAAGACUUGAUGGAUCUCUUUGACCUUCAAAGAUUUAUUCUAGAGAUAUCUUUUGAUUCAAUACAUGAAACAAUAAUUGUCCAGAAAACAGACACGGUUGACAUUAUGAUGAUAACAUUGAAAUCUAAUCCAAAAAUCUUCGACAACUUUGGAAAGAUUGUAAGAAGAUUUACUGCCGAAGACACGGGUUUUGAUGAUAUAGGAUGUUUGAGCUCUUACUGUAUUGAGUUUGACGGACAAAAUCGACGUUCUGAAGUAGAGCAUAUUUUAUCGAGUUUGAUCUGCUUUGGAUUUCGAGUCGCUUAUAUAAAAUUGCAAACAAAAACCCCUGAACCCAAAAUAGAAAUCUUACUGCCAGAUGAUUUCGAGUUGGAAUAUGCUUGGCAAUGUGUUAAUUCAAUAGGUUUUAAAGUAACUGACCAUCUGAGCCCUGAUGUAAAAAGAUGCAUUGAACAUUACUCUCGUAUAGAUACACGCUUAAUGACAAAAGGAUUCUACACUUUGGCAAUCGAAUUGAUGGAGAAACCAUUUUUUCACUUCAAAGAUGAGUUCAACUCUGUAAUAAGGAAAAUCCGCACUACAAAAUCUGCUGAAAAUGAGCUACCCCCUCACUAUUCUCUUGUAGCUCGAAUGAUUUUUACUCCAACUAGGUCUUUGUAUUUGCCAAAAGAACCAGUGUUUCAGAAUAGGUUACUACGUGAAUAUGGCGAAGACUUUUUCAUAAAAGUAGUUUUCCGUGAUGAUGACUUCCAAAAAAUUAAUUCCGCCCAAUCAAGUGCUCUGUCAAAUAUUUUGGAUAAAAUGAAAAGCUUUUUUAAAAACGGUUUUCUAAUCAAAAACCGCCAUUAUGAAUUCCUCGGGUGUUCGAAUAGUCAACUAAGAGAACACAGUUUUUGGUUUUUUCAUCCUCGUGGUGAUAUCUCAUCGGAGAGAAUUCGGCAUCUUUCGGGAACUUUUUUGCACGAAAAAUGUAUUGCUUCUUACGUUUCCCGAUUUGGCCUCUGCUUUUCUUCUACAAAGAAAACAGUUGACGUUGAUAGGAGUUUUGUGAGUUACAUCGAUGAUGUGAAGAACGAGAAAUAUUGCUUUACAGACGGUGUCGGUUGCAUAUCAACUAAACUUGCAAAAAAGGUUGCAAAUGCACUAAAUUUAUGUUCUGUACCAUCUGCGUUUCAAAUACGUUUUGGUGGUUGUAAAGGGGUAAUAGCACAGAACCCAACCCUUGGAAAUGAUGUCGAAGCUCUUGUUAUUAGAGAAAGCAUGAAGAAAUUUGAAUCAAAAUCGAAUAAUUUAGAAGUCUUGGAGGUUACACGUCCGGAAAGACUGCACUUAAACAGGCAAGUGAUAACCUUGCUCUCUGGAUUGGGGAUUCCCGACCAUGUCUUUCUUAAUCUUCAAGAGAAAAUGCUUAUUGAUAUGGCAGACAUGCUUUUGUACGAUGAGAUGGCUUUACCAGUGUUAUUGGAGUCUAGCCUUCGUAUGGAUUUUAGUCUUAUUGCCGACAAGGGACUAUCUUUUGUUGAUGAACCAUUUUUUCGAUCACUUCUACAAGCAAUAUACCAUCAUAAGAUAUUAAAUCUCAUGAAACGAACAAGAAUACAGAUUCCGUUAGACAAAGGACGAAUAAUGAUGGGCACAACUGAUGAGACAAAAACACUUAAGUCUGGUGAAGUUUUUAUCAGAUAUUCUCAGCAGACGACCACGCCGGGUAAAAACGCUUUUACAUACGAAGGACCUGUUGUUGUGACCAAAAAUCCGUGUUUUCACGAAGGCGAUGUCCGAGUGUUUAUUGCUACAAAUGUACCUGAACUCAGCCACAUGAUAGAUUGCAUUGUUUUUCCUCAAAAGGGUACCCGUCCACACCCUGAUGAAAUGUCGGGAUCUGAUCUUGAUGGGGACAUGUACUUUGUGUGUUGGGAUCAAGACCUUUGUAAAUUUCAAAACCAGACACCGAUGGACUUUCCUAAAGCAGAGAAAACACAACUCACAAGAGAAGUGAACUCGGAUGAUGUGAUCGACUUCUUGGCAAAUUACAUACGGUACGAUAAACUUGGUUUGAUCGCAAAUGCACAUCUUGUCCACGCAGACAGCAACGAGAAUGGUAUUUUUUCAGAAGAAUGUCACAGCCUUGCCAGAUUGCAUUCCGAUGCUGUUGAUUUUCCUAAAACUGGUAAAAUUCCAAAAAUUGAUGAUAAAUUACGUCCAAAAUCAUAUCCAGACUUUAUGAUGAAGAGCGAUAAACAAAUAUAUGCAUCUACAAAAAUUAUUGGUAAACUCUUUAGACAAUGCCGAUCUUUACUGCGAACGCAAAAUAAAUUGGAGCUAAAGUUUGAAGUAAAUAACGAUUUUAUUUUGCCUUUUCUCGAUGCAAGAAUAUUAGAAGAUGCGAAACUUCAAAGAGACAAAUAUACGAAAACAAUUAAUGAAGUUUUGGAAUUGUAUGGUAUCAGAAACGAAAAUGAAGCCAUCACUGGUCUCGUUCAGAACAUCAGGUCUGUAAAAGGGUGCUUAAAAGACGAAAAAUUUCAGGUUGGACAAAUCAUUAAAGCUAAAAUGUGCCUGAUACGAAAGAGAACACGAGAAAUAUUUUUCGAAGAAUUUGGAGGAGAAUUAAAUGUCUUUAAGACAGACGAACGAGUUUUACAAAAAGCAUCUGCUUGGUACACUGUUACAUACAUGUAUAUGGACGAAAUAGAUCCCAGGCGUCCAAUUCUUAGUUUUCCGUGGACGGUUGCCGACGUUUUAGUAGUUUUGAAGGAAAGAUUUUCUCGUGAGCCAAGAUUAAACCGACUUGAAGCAUAUCUGAAUAAAUAUUACAUAUUUUUGCAUACAAAGAGAAAUGAUAGAAGAAAAUUCUUACAAAGCAUGCUUACUUAUGUCAAAACUGUCAUUGGUAAUACCCUGAGCCCAAAUACCGAAGACAUAAUUGAUUUAGAUUUUUGUGGGCUUUUAAAAAACCAAAGUACUCUCAAUGUGGCUACUACAAAAUCUCAACUUGAAAGUAUUUCCAAAGCAUUGAGGAAAAAGGGAAUGAUGAAAAUGAACAAUCGUAAUCAAGAUCUAUGUUAUUGUGUGACUAGUAAAGAAAGCGCAUAUGUGAGGUUUAUAGUUGACGCCAGAAUCAUAAAUCUUAGCAAAGCUGUGAAAAGAUAUUUGAUGGAAAGGCCCAUGCUUUUGAAACCCGUUCAAUUUUUAUUAGACUUACUGCAAAACAUAUUCACAAUUGACUCGGACAGGUACAAUUUUUCCGAUAUUAUCGCAGUCAUGAUUGUAUUUUUUUUACGAUUGAACAACGUGAUUUUCAGAGAAUUAUUUUCUUCCAAUCCUGGUGAUAAUAAAUUGGUGAAAUGCAUUCUCGGAGUUUUGAAAUAUUUCAUUUUGGAUUUCAGAUCUUGGGAUUUAAAUAAAUUUGAUCAUUUAAAAGAUGGAUUAGAUGCACUAAGCAUAACAUUUGUCGUCAUGUCAGAAAUAUCAGACAGAUUUAUGAUACUCUACCACAAGAUUGCACUUGACGUCAAUAGUAAUCCUUUUCUGGAAGCCAGAAAAUCCUACGGCGGAACUCGGUCUCUUCAAAACUUUGAAUAUGGUGAAGAACUUAAUCGUGUAUUUAUUUUGCCUUUAAGUGUUUGGAACAUCGUUAAAAGUGCUAAAAAUUAUGUUAAGUUUCAGCUGAGCAAACAAACAGGCGCAGAAAUUAUUUUUCAGGAAACUCAAACAGGUUUAAAUAGAAUUCAAGCAUGGGGAAAUGACACGGAACUUGGUAACGUUGAGGAAAUCAUUAGCAAUAUUUCAAAGACAAGCAGUGAAUUGAAUUUAAACACAGAAAGCGGACAUUUAAUCGUAGAAAAUGCUUAUUGUGUAUUUUUUCAAGGAGGUUCUGAAGAAAGUGAGCUUUCCUUCGAAAGAUAUCGUGGUAUUCACCAUGCAGCACACAGUACGCGGGAAAAAUAUGUACCAAAACUGAUGAUUGUCAGUACUGAUAAAAGUUAUAAAAAUUUUGAGAGAAAAUUGGUUCAACAAUGGAAUAUUUUGAGAACCAAGUAUAAUGCAGUUUUUCAUGGAGAUUUAUAUUUUAGCAUUUCCUUUGGAACUCUGUAUGUUAUGAAUAUUAAACGUGAUUCAAGGUUAAAUGUGUCAGAGUUAAACAACCUUUUCACUACAAUUGAUACUAGAAAGAAAGAAGCAUGGAGUGCGCCAAAAGCGUUUGGUUCAAAAACAAAAGAAGUUUCAUAUUCAUUUUCAUUUCAUCCGGUUGUCUUUUCUAAGAGUGAUAAAAUAAGAAAAGUUCUUGAACGUCUUGGCUUUACUUAUAAUAAUGACGACAAGAAAACAAAAAUCUCCGUGAGAUUCAAGGACCCAAAUUUUACUAUGCACGAUUAUGAUGAUAAUUGCGAACUAUGUUGGGUGAGAUAUUCCGAUAUCAAGUGGUUUACAGCAACAAUUUUACCAGUCACUUUGCAUAAAUCAACACAAAUUAUGAAUAUAAGGUGCAAAUUGCAGUCUUGUAGGGAAUUAGACGGAAAAAUUGUAAACAAAAAAAAAAUUAAAUGUUUGGAAACAGCUACAAAUGGAUACCAAUUAUUGUUGCCAAUUGCUGUUUCCUAUGCAAAAGAAAAACUCGUAGAGUCGUACACUUUAACAAACUGGUUUAGAGGAUAUAAAGUAAUGGUAGAGAUCGCAACAGUGACAGAGUUAAAUGAUGUUGCUGGAAAUUUAGUGCGAAAUAGUGCUCCAAGAUUAGAGAUUCUUGUUCUACCAGAAAUACCAAAUAUUGAUACAUCAGAAGAAGAAUUAAAAUCAUAUACAAGACAUAUUUGGUCAUGGACGCUUGAUUUUGCUGCAAACAUUGAAAACAUGUAACUCGUUUGACCUGCAUUUAAAAGAAUCUAUAAAACUGGCUAUGAGUAUAAUAAUACAAAUUCAUUCUGUGUGGAUGAAUGUAUCAGACCAACAGUUAUUUGAUUUUUUCAUUGAAGUUCAAUUACUAUUAAAGAUAUUUCUUUUUUUUAUUAAAUCAAUGUUAGUUAAAAAGAAUAAAUGUACUCUGGAAUCAUUAAAAUUCAUGGGGCCAAUUUUUGUGGAUUAUUAGUCUUGAAGAUUUUUUAAAAUUAAUGUUCUUUUGUUUAUAACCUUAUUAUGAAUAAAUGGCUGCUUUGUAAAUACCGGUCAUAAUUGAUUACAUAAUGCUCAUUGAGAAUAUGGACUAUAAUCAAUCUAUCUAUCUAUCUAUCUAUCUAUUUAUCUAUCUAUCUAUCUGUUUCAAUGUAACAUUGACUUGCUGUAUGAAUGAUUGCAAUUUGAUUUGGCAUUUAUUCUUCAUGAUUAGUAAAACCUAAAGAAAACGUUUGU